AUGUCGGACAUGAGUGACCGCCUCAAGGGUAAGCUGAAGCACAUGGCUCGGCAGACCCCCAAUGGGUACCGUAAGCAGCGCCCCGGCAGCGGCCCACGGCACUUCGCCGACGACAACUACCCUUUUCAAGGAAAGCGGCCGCGUGAGGAGGAGGAGGAAGGGCCGCAGGGUAGCAAGUCCGGCAGCAGCCGCGCUCACAGUGGCAAGGAGGCGGGAAAGAGCGCCAGCGGCGACGGAGAGAGCGAGGUGCUCGGUGUCAUUCCGAAGAUCACCCUUGAAGACAUGGGCGGCUUGGCCAAGGAGCUGCCGGUAAUAAAAGAGCUCAUUGAGCUGCCCAUCCGCAUGCCGCACCUCUUUAACUGCCUCGGUGCAGAUCCGCCGUGCGGCGUCCUGUUGCAUGGCCCGCCGGGUGUCGGCAAGACAAAGCUCGUCCACGCCAUCGCCGGCUCGCUGCAGGUGCCCCUCUUCUUUGUCUCGGCGCCGGAGAUCGUCUCCGGCAUCAGCGGCGACAGCGAGGCAAAGCUGAGGAACUUGUUCAUGGACGCCAUAGCGGCGGCGCCAAGCAUUGUUUUCAUCGACGAGAUCGACACCAUCGCGGGCCGUCGCGAGGACGCCCAGCGCGCUAUGGAGAGUCGCAUCGUUGGGCAGCUGCUUACUUGCAUGGAUCAGGUGUCGCAGGCGUGGCGACAGCACAACAAGGUGGUUUGCGUCAUGGGGGCGACAAACCGCCCAGAAGCGUUGGACACGGCGCUGCGCCGCGCCGGCCGGUUCGAUCGGGAAAUUUCCCUCGGCAUCCCCUCAAUCGACGAGCGACAAAGCAUCCUCAAUAUCAUCUGCGCGAGAAUCAACUUGUCCGACGGCGUCGAUUUCUUCGAGCUCGCCAAUAUGACCCCUGGCUACGUCGGCGCAGACCUGCACCUUCUCGUCAAGGAGGCGUGCAUCCUCGCCAUCCGCCGCAAGUACAAGGAGCUGGACGAGCGUGGCGCUGUGGGUGAUGUAAAGACGGAAGAGCUCUCCGGGUUCUGCGUCACGUUCGAUGAGCUGAAGGAGGCGACGACGCGGGUGCAGCCGUCGGCGAUGCGGGAGGGCUUCACGACGAUCCCGAACGUUUCCUGGGACGACGUCGGCGCCCUCGAGGACGUGCGGGAGGAGCUCAUGACCAGCAUUUUGCAGCCUAUCCGCGCCCCGAAGCUGCAUCACCGCUUCGGUCUCGACCAUCCCGUCGGCGUGCUGCUCUACGGCCCACCGGGCUGCGGCAAGACGCUGGUCGCAAAGGCAAUCGCGAACCAAUCAGGCGCCAACUUUAUCUCCAUCAAGGGUCCAGAGCUGCUCAACAAGUUCGUCGGCGAGAGUGAGCGCAGCGUGCGGAUGGUCUUCGCGCGUGGGCGGGCUAGCGCCCCAUGCGUCCUCUUCUUUGACGAGCUAGAUGCACUGGCACCGCGCCGCGGGUCGGACAGGGCAAACCCGAGCAGCGAGCGCGUAGUGAACCAGCUGCUGACUGAGCUGGACGGCGUGGAGGGGCGCAAGGACGUUUACGUGAUUGGGGCCACGAACCGCCCCGAUAUGAUUGAUUCCGCCAUGCUGCGUCCAGGUCGCCUGGACAAACUGCUAUACGUGCCGCUGCCGUCGCCUGCGCAGCGUGAAUCGAUUCUUCGGACACACGCCCGCAAGUACCCGGUGGAUGCCGAGGUGAACCUGGAAAGGCUGGCGCAUGACGAGCGGCUCACCGGCUUCAGCGGCGCCGACUUGGCUGCCCUAAUGCGCGAGGCGUCGCUGACCGCGCUGAAGGGCGUGUACAAGUCCUACACAAAGGACGAGCUGGAGGAGCUGGAGCGCGACAUCACUGGAAAGAGCGCCGACACGGCGGAUCUGCCCACCAUUACGGCAGACAACUUCGAGGCGAGCUUGGCAAAGAUCAAACCUUCGGUGUCUGCGGCGGAUCGGGCAAAUUAUGAGAGCAUGAGCAUCGAGAUACGCAACAACGCCAAGAAUACUGGGUAA